AUGUCUAACGUGUCUAAGUGCUCUUCUUCAGCCCCUACUCGCGUCAUACCGACCACCCACCCGGCGUGGUUCGACAGCCUCCGAGAAGCCAAGAUGAUCUACCAGUGCGGCGACCGGGUGGUCUGGGUGGUGGACGACCAAUUCAUCCUCAAGCGGAUGCGGUACACGAUCAACUCGGAGGCGCCGACGCACGAGUUCGUCAACAGCAAGACCGACAUCCCCGUCCCGCACGUCUUCGCCGAGUGGCUCUCGGCCGACACGCGGACGCACUACCUGCUGGAGGGCCGGAUCCCGGGCCAGACGCUGGGCGACUGCUGGGGCCAGCUGACGAACGAGACCAGGAUCCGGCUGGCGCAGCAGGUGGCGCUCUACAUGGCGCAGCUGGCGCGGGCCUUCCGCGGCAAGCGCAUGCAGAGCGUGGCGCGCCAGCCCCUGCCCAUCAACUGCUUCGUCCCCGGCGCCGACGAGCCGCGCGGCCCGCUCAAGGGCCGCUGGGCGACCGACGAGGACAUCUUCAACAACGAGUUCCUGCCGGGGCUGAAGAGCAAGGGCCUGCCCGACGCGCUGAUCCGCCUCGUGGGCGCCACCAUGCCGCCCUGCCGCGGCCAGCUCGCCUUCACGCACUGCGACCUGUACGUGGGCAACAUCAUGGUGGACCCUGCGCACGGCGUGGUCACGGCCAUCAUCGACUGGGAGAGCGCGGGCUACUGGCCCGAGUGGUUCCAGUACGCCCGCAUCACCCACGGCUGCAGCCCGGCCGACGGCCAGUGGAAGUACAUCCUCGGCCGCGUCAGCCGCGGCCUGAUCCCGCACGCCGACCACGGCCGCGUCUGGCUCGACAUGGUCGGCCUGUUCAUGCACCGCCCGGACAGCCUGCAGGCCCGCGCCUGGCUGCGCCUGCUGAUCAAGUACCUGAAGGGCGAGGCGAGCUCGCGCGAGAUGAGAGAGUAUGAGAGUAUUGAUGGGCGUGACCAGCGGGAGCAGAUCGAGAGGGAGGGGCUUCUGUUGAAUGGCAAGGGCUAUAUCGGAAACGUGGGUUACUAUAGUAGUGCUAUGCGUUGCGAGUAG